CGGAGCAGCCCCAUGGCGGAGCAGCUGGCCCUGGUGAUUGGGGGCAUCGCCGGGGGGCUGCUGCUGCUGUUGGUCGGGGUGAGCUGCUGUCUGUGGAGGAGGCUCUGUGCCACCCUUGCCUAUGAGGAGCUGCCAGGAACACCAGCCGUGGCCACCACAGCCACCUCCAGCAGACAUGGGGACAAGCUCUGCGAGCCGCAUGCCAGGACCCCACCCAGCAGGCCUCCAGGUGUGCCGUUUGUGCUUCCCCCUUCCCUCCGAGGCCGAGACUGGGUGCCCCUGCACAGUGGAGAGUGGGCUCAGGCCCCACGGGACCCCUGCCCAGCCCCGGAGCUCCUGCCUCAUGCCCCCAGCAGCAACCUUGGAGACACAUGUGUGGUGGGGGCCAUCAACCCAGAGCUCUACAAGUUCUCGGAGGACAAGAGUGAGACCGACUUCCCUGCUGGCUGCCUAGGGCGGCUGUGGUUCUCCGUGGAAUACCAGCAGGAGGCCGAGCGGCUGCUGGUGGGCUUGAUCAAGGCGCGGCAGCUGCAAGCCCCCUCAGAGACCUGCAGCCCCUUGGUGAAGCUUCACCUGCUGCCCGAUGAGCGGCGCUUCCUCCAGUCCAAGACCAAACGCAAAACCUCCAACCCGCAGUUUGACGAGCACUUCAUCUUCCAGGUGUCCAGCAAGAGCGUCACCCAGAGGGUGCUGAGGUUCUCGGUGUACCACGUGGACAGGCAGAGGAAACACCAGCUCCUGGGCCAGGUGCUGUUCCCCCUGAAGCACGAGACCCUGGCAGGUGACUGCCGGCGCGUCAUCUGGAGAGACCUGGAGGCCGAGAGCCUGGAACCUCCCUCGGAGUUUGGCGACCUCCAGUUCUGCCUCGGCUACAACGACUACCUGAGCCGCCUGACCGUGGUCGUGCUGCGUGCCAAGGGCCUCCGGCUCCAGGAGGACAAGGGUGUUGUCAGUGUGUUUGUCAGAGUGUCUCUGAUGAACCACAACAAGUUCGUCAAGUGCAAGAAGACGUCGGCUGUGCUGGGCUCCAUCAACCCCGUGUACAACGAGACCUUCAGCUUCAAGACUGACGCCACCGAGCUGGACACCGCCAGCCUCAGCCUCACAGUGAUGCAGAGCCUGGAAGGGGACAAGAGCCGGCCGCUGGGCCGGGUGGUGGUGGGCCCCUACAUGUACACGCGGGGCAGGGAGCUGGAGCACUGGGACCGGAUGCUCAGCAGGCCCAAGGAGCUGGUGAAGCGCUGGCACGCGCUCGGCCGCACCUCCGAGCCCUGACGGGCGCCCAGGACCACGGCUCUGCCUCGGGACCCG